AAUGAUCGGUUCAACUGGCAUAGACCAGGAUAACCACAUGGCUCAUGAUAACUCAUAUUCAAACGAGCCAUGGGUUGACAUGAGCGCUUAUACCCAUAUGGCCAUCACAACUUAUCCUGACAACUACUAUAUUCCACCGGCGACUCACGGAUUACCAUCCGAAUCUAUCGGAAUGGCCCCUCCACCUAUGCCGCACCCGAUACAUAGCCAAGCGCACAAUAACUUUGCAAGUCAUCUUCCGCAUCCACUGAUAAUACCAACGCAGCAGCCUUCCCAGGGGUCAACAAAAGAAGGGGGUUGUAGUCAGCGAUACUCAGAUGGAGGAAAAGGCGAGGGUCUUUUGUACCGGCUCGGAUAGCCCCCUCAAAACCAUCACUGCCUCUUGGAUCGAAAAGUUCAAGCAGAAACAUAAUAUUGGCCCGGGAAAGCUGAUCCGCAGAGCCUCCGAGACUGCGAUACCUGACAAUGCUCGGUUGGACACUGGAUCGCCCUUACUAUCUACUACACACACGCCAGGAGGCAUUUCGCCGGCGUCGCCAACGAACCAGAUGGAGUCACCACAGAUCUCCGCGGUGAGCGAGAAAUCCGAAGUGAAGGAAACUAUUUCAAAUGGUUUCAUGGACUUCGAGGCCAACGGAUACAGGCACCCACAUUCCCAGAGCUCGACAUCGCUAUCUAGUGCUGUCACAGACCCGCCGAGCUCAACAUUUUCAGCGGGCGCCUUUAGCCCGACAUCUCAGUUCAAUUUCUCCCCGGACCCAAAUACGGGCAUGUUCAGCGACAGGAACCAGAUGCCUCCAGGAGCAGCGGGUUUCCAGCGCCCGCGAAGUCAGACGGUUCCAGACCUCGGGAACCUCGAGUACAUCAACCAAUCGCAACCUUCCGAGCCCCUGACGCCUAAAUAUAGCCAGGCUGGGACGGCACCCUCAUCCGCGCUCGAGUCGCCAAUCCACGAGAUCCCGGGAGCAGCGACCCCUUUCGGCGGGCUAGACUCGGCUAUCUCUCCACCCACGCAGCUGCACCACGUGAGCAGCAACGGCAGUUUAGCCGGGAGGUCGAGCUGCUCGGGCACAGCCGCGGUUUCCGGGACGUCGAUGGGCUCCUCGCCUAGCUCGCCGACGCAAGAGGACGCCAGACGAGCCGCGGACACGCUCCUCAGCUUCAUGCAGCAGAUCAAGUCGACAGGAUUAAUCGACCAGAACGACUUCUUAAUAGUCCUGGGCCUCACCGAGAAGCUAAGGCUGCAACCGCAGCAGCACGGAGGGCCGCAAGCUAACUCCGCCACCCAGGGUCUCGGUGGCUUGUCGAGGAUACCGGAAGGAGACACCGAGAUGGCGACGAUCACUUCGUCCAUGGUGAAGAACGAGACGAUGAGUGUGUGACUACCCUGGGAACCCGUCAUGCUCGAGGACGUGCCCCUUAGGACUGUGUGUGCUGCAGUAUAACACUAAUUCUCGUGGCCACCCGAUUCGUAUUGCUGCCACCGGGGCCGCAGGGAAUGAAAUCGACAAUCCUAGAAAACCGGAACGACGAACGCCUUAAACCAAUCAUUUAGGAGAGUACUCUGGACUUUAAAGAAUGAUUGACACGCGAUACGACGAAUCGGGAGCUACAAAGUUACUGCACA